CUUCCGAGAGUGAAUCACCAAACCACCCCAAAUCGACCUUUAUACAACCAACAAGCCGAACGAAACAAAUUCGAACAAGAACCGUCAGGCUCAACGACCCUAAUCCCUUCCAAACACCACCACCCCAGGAAGUCCCUCAUUAUCAAUUCACACUGCCUCCACCUACGCCAUAUACCUCUCUCUCUCUCUCUUAGGCAAACACACAAAACACCAAAAAUGUCCAGGCCACUCGACGUAAACACCAGGAAGCACGAAGAGGCCAACCAAGCCUCAUGGGAAGCAUGCAAGGGCGCCUUGUCCGGAGCCUUCAAGUGGGGUGUGGCCUCGGCGAUGUUGGGCGGACUUGGAUACGCCGUGUCUCCGAUGUAUAGGGGGUUUACUAUUCAGUUCAAGGUAUACAUACAAAUGUCUGGUAUGGUACUGGGCGGUAUGCUGGAGGCGGAUCACCGGAUCCGCGAGUACGAGAAAACCAUGAGGAUGAGGAGGAGGAUAGCGGCAGAUCAGGCUAUGUGGAAGCAGUUUGAGGAGACGUAUGGGAAGGAUGAAGAUGAUGAGUGAGUAAGUGAGUGAGGGGGAUGGCAGUGGGGUCAGUCAGGCUCUGGUGAGAAUUCUGGGAUUAUCAGGAUUGGCCCGUUUGGGUCGAGGGAUCGAUCGGGGUUUCGUGGAGAAUGAAACGGUUGGCAUUUUCUUCUCUUUUCUCUCUUCUCUCCAAUUGUUCACUUCUUACUUUGUUUUAUGAACAACCUUUGAUACCGGCAUAACUACAGCCCACUAAAAGUCA